AUGUCUUUGCCAAGUCUGUGCUACUACCAAGAUCGAACCAGAAGGGUAGUCGAAGAGAGUUUGGAGGUGGCCUUGGCAAUUUGUAAUUUGGAGAUGCAUUGUUUGACCACUGCGAAAAUUUUUGACAUAUUUGACCAGACACUGAGCUCCGCCUUCGUGCUGAAUACGGGAUACUGGCCGUUUUAUAACACGGUGAAGAACCAACCUCUCUGUGUGUGCGGAAGGUACGGAUUGCUAUGUAGACAUUACAGACAGUCUUCAUAUUGGAUGGAUUUAACCCCAGUAGCCUUCGACGAUACGCCCAUGUUCUCGACCAGAAACAACAUGCAAUUGUCCGUAUUGACUUCUUCUAUCGAAGUGGCGCCGGUUACAACGGGCAUGCCUGGCUACAAUAUGUUCAUCAACCUAAAUCUCCAAUAUAAAAGGAUGGAAAAACGCGCAAGACGCAGGCGAGCCGAGACAAACGUCGUAAAUUUUCAAGAAUAUAUCGUUUUUCCAGUGGAAAUAUUUUGCAGAUACAAUUUGCAAAGAGAAUACUACCCUGCAUUCCAAAGCGUAAUGUUUAGGCCUAACCCAUUACUGGCCGACUCAUACGGCACUUACUUCCCGCGACUUCUCAAAGUCAGAUCUACCGUAUUAAACGCGGAAGGUCAGAAUAACACCAGCAGACAUACCUUCUCAGUGCCACUCGACCGAAUGCCCAAUUUCACGCUCAUGUUGCAACACGUCAACUUGCCUCGGUUUUGUCACGCCACUCAAACGUCCGCCAUUUAUCCAGACGCCGUGCGCAAGAUGCGAAAUCAAACUAUUACUUUCCAUCGCGCAACCCAGACCACAAUAGAUGAAGACGUGGAAAACGAAUUGCAGACGUAUCAACAGAGAGUGGAAGAUCUUAGAAACUUAUGGGACGAAUCUGCUUAUAUUCGAGUUUUGGAACGGAUUGAAAACAGCAAACUCGAGACACCAAACGACGAACAGGACAAUCAUUUGGUUUUAGUGCACGACAUUCCGGCGUCAGCAAAUGGACAUAGCCACAAGGUGGACACUGCAAUCAACCUUUCCGCGAGAACGAACUGUACUGCUGGGGUUGAACAGACUACACCGUAUACCAAGGACUGUUACUAUCACUAUGCCCAACCGUGGCCAAACCCGAGCAAUCAGGAACCAGUUAAAAAGUACAACGCUAGAAAAUUUCCAACAUAUGGCCCGUAUAGGGAUGCUUUGAUGGGAGGACGCAAGAGGCGCGUCUCCACCACUCCUUCCCAAAGUAUGGAGGCGGACAAUCGAGUGACAUAUGCAUCGGUGGUGAAACAAUCUCUUAACGAUUCUGGUGUUGGCUCUAGCUCCGUUACGUUGACUGUGGCGGAAACUCAAAAAUGCGGACAAUCCGGAACAAGACCUACAUCUACGUCAGCCAAUGUUUGGCUCGGGGUCAUUGCGCAAGAGGGGAAAUUAAACCAAAAAGAGGACGAGGAGUUGGCUUAUGUUAGCGAAAUGAUAAAGAAACUUGAAGACGAAAUUAAACGCUAAAGUUGCAUUCUAAAAUGAGCUGUGAAAAAUACCGACAAUCUCAAAUUUUUCAGGUUUUCAAUGUGCAGAUCAAUUUAUUGUGUUUUUCUGGUAUAAAGGAAUAAUUUUCUAUAGGGCUAUAUUAUAGCCUCCAGAAGAUUUGCUUUAAAUAUUAUUGACUUCUCGUAACUUAUUAAUCACGCGUUCUCACAAUUGUAAGUGUAAUAAUGCUGCUAUGAGGAUAUUCUUCUCAUGGCUCCCCGCAUUUUAACCCUUUCAGGACGGCACCACUUUGCCGCAAAAGUGUUUCACAGACGGCUGUUUUUUACGUACCCUGUGGACGAAUGUCAUAUAUAUCGGUCACAGAAAUAUA